GAUUAGACAUUCAGACCAGAAACUUCUCGUUUUUCAGCUGUCAUUUUUUCCUCCCCAAAAAUAAAAAAUCACUAUCCUCGGUCGCGAUGGAUUUCGACAGUCUUACAAGAAGAGAUCUUCAGUUCUUCUGUAAGAAGAACAAGAUCCCAGCCAAUAUGACCAAUAUCGCCAUGGCCGAUGCUCUCAAAGCUCUUGAGAUUGUUGAAGGUAUUGAGGAGUUCAUGAACCAAUCUGAGUCCACACGUGACCUGUCUCCAACAAGCGUUGCCAAGAAUCUGCCGAGCGCUGCAGGCACUGCAGCUAGAACAACUCGGAGGAAGACCAAAGAUGAAACUCAACCAUCAGAGCUUCUGACCCGUUCUUGCCUUGUGACUAGCAAGUCUCUAGCUGGAGAAAUGGAGCAAGAAAACAGAAACGCGAACGUGGAUCCAGCACUACCUCCAAGCCGUAGGAGAGCAUCAGUUGCUAUGAAUCUGGAGGAGAGCAAAACACCAGCGGUGAGAAGCACGAGAAGGGGGGCUCAGGCAGCUGCGUCUGAGUCGGUUCAGAGGGUGUACAGCACGAGGAGAUCUGUCAAGUUGCUAGAGGAGAGUAUGGCUGACCUGAGUUUGAAGACUAGGGAGUCUCUCAAUGUACCUUCAAAGAAGAACGAAGAUGUUGCUGAAAGUGAAGAAGGUUCCAAACUUGAGAAACCCCAAGGGAGUGAAGAAGCUAUCUCAGUGAGAGAUCUAAAUGAUUCGUGGGAUGAUUCCAAGAAUGAUCCAGAUGUUGAUGUUUUAUAUGGUGAUCUUGGUGAUAUCACUUUCGUUGAUGCAACAACCAGCAAGGAACAGAUGAAUGGAACAGAGUCCAACACCGUUCCAGCUCCAGAGAGUUCUGUCCUAGUUGAAGACCAAGAAACGUUGCAGGAGGAUGGUUUUGUAGUUGUGGACCAUCCUGCAUCUACAACCGCAAACACUGUGAUCUGCAGCAAAGAAUCAGAGUCUGAAGAAAUGAAGAAUGGUUCUGAAUCUGAAUCAGAGGAUGAUGGUGUUGUUGCUGACUCAAACCAAGAGGCAUUUGGGUUUAAGGUCUCUACUAGUGAUAAUGUGACUAAGGUAGACACUAUUGUCCCAACAGUUCUGCUGGCUGAAGAAUCAGAAGAAAGUUGCGAGUCUGAUGAACUGAUGGAUGAUGAUGAAUCAGAGGUGGCUAUAGUUUCAGACAAGAAGACUCGGGCUUCCACACCUCAAGAAUCAGACAGCGAUGAAUGGUCCGAUUACGAGAUAAGCGAGAUAGAUGAAAAGAGUUUGAGGUCUGUUGAGAUGAUAGAUUCUUUUUCAGACGAGAAGUCUCCAGCUUCUUCCUCAGUUCUUGCUGGUAAUGAGACAAAAACUCCAAUGAAGUCUUCGUUUGAAACAGAAUCAAACAAACCAGCUCUAAAGCUAAAUCUUGUUGCAGACAACAAGGAGAAGGAGAAUGUUGAGGAGGAGGAGAUGGUUCUUGAGUCCAAUGGAGAGAGAGAAGCAGAGGCCGAGACUAAGAAGAAGAAGAACACGAUUGAUGAAGAGAGCCUUAAAGACAUAAGCAUGAGGCAACUAACGAAGCUGGUGAAAGAACUUGCUAUCAAGAGCAAGCAACAACACAAGAGCUUAGAGUAGUAGAGAAGAAGAAACUAUUUUACCCUUUUUGAAUAUCAUUUCCUUCCCUGGAAAAAAAAAACUUGUUGCUUCUUUUGUUUUCUUAGGUUGUCCCUGUGUUUUUCUUCUUCUGAGAACCUAAACAGAAAUUUCAUAUCAAUUCAAUUUUAUUUUGGUUUCGUUCGUAA